AUGCAUGGACUCGAGUUACAAGAGGAGAAGACUAGCAAGCAGGACAGCAAACAGGUCUCCAAUAUUCGGUUGUUCCUCUGCUCUGCACGAGGCACCGCAGGGAGCAGAGCCGGGACGAUACCACCGCUCUGCUUCUGUCGAGAGCGCAGCGCCAUGCCUUCCCCUCCCCUGUCCGCCGUCAUCAUCCUCAGCGACAGCGACGACGACGACGACGCGGCCGCCCUCUUGGUGACCGCCGCGGAGCGCUUCACCUCGUCCCUGACCACCCAGGCCGAAGUCGAGGCCCUCUGCGAGAAGCACGGCGUCCCGGGGGAGCUCGCCGCGAGCCCCGCCGGCGACCGGCGCGCGUGCUCGCCGCCGCCGGAGGGGGGCGUCUGCGUGUACGCGCACGCGCUGGAGGCCGGGGUGCGCUUCCCGCUCCACGACUUCUUCUGCAAGACGCUCUCCCACUUCGACCUCGCGCCCGGCCAGCUCACGCCCGACGGGUGGCGCGUCCUGGUCGGCUUCUUGGCCCUCUGCCACGACGCCUCCGUGCCGCCGUCGGUCGCCGUGUUCCGUCAUUUCUUCUCGCUCCGAAGCAGGAAGGGCUGGUACUGCUUCCGGUGCAAGGAAGGUGCCGGCGCGCUGGUUACUGGCCUGGGCAGUUCCGAAUCCGACGGGGAGUGGAAAAGGGGUUUUUUCUUCCUGACGUCGCCGGAGGAAUGGCGGUGCCCCGUUCGCUGGGGCGCGCCGACGGCUAAGAUCUCCGCAGCAGGUCCGGAGCUAUCGAGCCAGGAUAAGAAAUCGGUGGCAGAUUUGGUGUACAAACACGGCGCGGCAGUUGAUCUCCGGACUUACCUCUGUGAGGCCGAUCUUGCGGUGGCCUUCUCCUCCAACCUCGCCGGCGCAUCACCACCACCACCUCCACCUUCUCCUCGUACUACUGGUGCCAAAGGAAUCGAUCCAUUGGAAGAGAGUGCGGCAGAAACCGCGAAGGUGAACACCGAGCCGGACGGCGACGCGCUGCCGUUGUCUGGAAAGAAGAGGAAACGGGGGGAGACAGCUUAUGUAGAAGACGAAGUUUGCCGUUCUCCGCUGACCACGCCGCCGCCUGCUUCCCCACCGGGAUUGUCUGCACGGCCGUUGUCUGGCCGCUCGCCCGCGGUGUCCGACCCGUGUGCCCGCCGGGGUUUUUUCGGCCCGAAGCCACAGCACUCGCCUGUGCCCGACGCACACGACGGCGACAGCGCCGACUGGAAGGUCUCGCAGAAGGUGCUAGAGUGCGUCGUCACGCCGUCGCGGGAGGACAAGUUCGCGGCGUCGAAGCCCUCCGACGUCGUCGCGUCGACCUACGUAGCAAUGCUCCAGGCCGCGAACUACGUGUCCUUCUCCUCCGGCUACGCGCUGGACCUGGACGAGAAGCUGGUGGCGCUGGAGCGCGACAAGGUGACGCUGUUGGAGCAGCUGGACAAGGAGAAGAUGGCGAGGCAGGCCGCCGAGGCGGAGCUGGAGAAGGCGAAGGCCGAGCUCGCGGCGGUGAAGCGCGCAACUAUGGAGAGCGCCAAGGCGACGGCGGUGCAGCAGUUCCUGGGGUCCGAGAAGUACAAGCGGCGGCUCGACGAGCACGCCGCGGCAGGGUACGAGAGCGGCGCGGAGGAGAUGAAGGGCGUCGUGCUCCGGCACUACCCGCGCCUCGACGCCGCCAAGCUGGUCCUGCCGCCUGAUUAG